AUGAGACGUUCAUCCGGGUCCACAUGUCCACUGUUGGGCCUAAUUAAAACAGGAGUAUGGGUGUUUCAGGUUCUCUCAGGCCUUAAAGCGUAAUUUCCCGUCCACCCGAGCACGAUUGUGGGUGGGCCUAACCAAGGAAAAGGACUGGGCAGGCGCAUGCGCACACACAUGCGCCCAUGCUUUUCCACGGAGGCCGACUAUUUUCUGCAAGUGAGGACUAAGCAGCUCUGACCAUCCUGGAGGGGAAGCAGGGUUUCGGGUUGCAGUGCUGAGGCCUGCUCCUCUAGCAUUUCAGGAGUCCUGCCCAGCCCAGCAAGGCCCCAGCCAUGUCAACCAAGGAACAGAAAGACAUGGAGAGACGUGCCAAGCGCCCAAGGGUUGAUCAGAAUCUCCCAUCAGAUGACUUCCAGAACCCAGAUGCAAUCACCCCCGCAAACAAUCCAGCAGUUGAUACCAGUGAGAUGGGCAGCUGUUCCUCAGGACCAGACGUGCAAGAGGCCAGGGAACCUGUUCAGAAGUGGAUACCGGAUUUCAAAGAUGACGUUACUCGGUACCUUCUGGCAAAGAGGAAGCAGUUUGAAAAGGAUAUAAAUGCCUCUUUCAGCAGCCUGAAUGAAAACCUCCAGAGUGUUUUCAAAACCCAACAGAAGUCAAGGCAGGAGCUUCACUCUAUGCACUCCCAGAUGUUUGAGUCUCUGUAUCACAAGUGGCUGGACGAGGUGGAGAGAGCAAGGGAGCAAGAAGAACACCUUACUCUUAUAGCUCAGCAGCAGAUGAAGAUUUUACAGAAAGCUAUAGAGGAUCAUGAAACCAGGAUUGAAAACGCUAAAGAUUUAUGUGGCACAUUUUUGAAGAAAGCCAAGGACUUGAGUGAACAUCGCAAAGCUUUUAUUGGUGGUGAAGAAAGUGAAGUGAAGAAAGAAAUCUCCAAGGCGCAGGACAGAGUUAUCAUGGAAACUCAAGAGCAAGAUGUGUCUGUUGUUGAAACAUACCUUCAAUCCCUGGUCCUUGACCACUCUGAAGAAACCAUCUGAAGCUCACGUAGAGGACGCACAGGGAGCAUUAGCCCUGCUAAGAGGACGUUAGUAGCAGUCAGUGCAGCUCCUUUCUCUUUACUUCGCUUGUUAGAAAUAUGACUGAGACUCUGUUAACCAUUAAGUGAACCCCUAACAGUUCUGUGAGUAGCAACAGUUAAGUGUGGAUCCUCCAGCCCCUGACAGCAAGGGAGAUACAUUCUCCCCAGCAGUGGCAGUUACAUUUUGCAAGAAAAUGUCAUUUGAUUUUACGAUUGGCUUCUUUGGUUCUCUGUCACUUGCCCAAAGUGAAUGUUACCUUUCUUAUUUCAGGAAGAAAUAAAUAACGGUGGGAUCCAU